ACAUAAAGGCCAGAAUCCUCACUUUCUAUUUCUCUUUCUAUCCCUCUUCUUCACCAUGUCUUCUACAAUGUCUCUAGGUUUUCUUGUGAUAGUACUGCUGCUGACGGCGUCGUCGUCUUCUACAAUGGCGACGCCACCGAGGAAGGCGGUGGAUGUUCCGUUUGGUCGGAACUAUGUUCCGACAUGGGCUUUCGACCACAUUAAGUACUUCAAUGGUGGAUCUGAGAUUCAACUCUAUUUGGAUAAGUACACCGGAACUGGAUUUCAGUCCAAGGGUUCUUACUUGUUCGGGCACUUCAGUAUGCAAAUCAAACUGGUUCCCGGUGAUUCUGCCGGCACGGUCACCGCUUUCUAUUUGUCGUCUCAAAACUCAGAGCACGAUGAGAUAGAUUUCGAAUUUUUGGGAAACAGGACGGGACAACCCUACAUACUACAAACGAACGUCUUUACAGGAGGAAAAGGCGACCGAGAACAAAGAAUUUAUCUUUGGUUUGAUCCUACAGUUGGUUUCCAUUCUUACUCAAUUCUUUGGAAUCUUUAUGUCAUUAUAUUCUUUGUAGAUGAUGUGCCAAUCAGGGUUUUCAAGAAUUCCAAGGACCUUGGUGUAAGAUUCCCGUUCAAUCAGCCCAUGAAGAUCUACUCAAGUCUUUGGAAUGCCGAUGAUUGGGCCACUAGGGGUGGCAUAGAGAAAACCGACUGGUCUAAAGCCCCUUUUGUCGCAGCCUACAAGAGCUUUCAUGUUGAUGGGUGCGAGGCUUCGGUGGAGGCUAAGUUUUGCGCCACUCAAGGUGCACGUUGGUGGGACCAGAAGGAGUUUCAAGACCUUGAUUCCUUUCAGUACCGUCGUCUCCAAUGGGUGCGUCAGAAGUACACGAUAUACAACUACUGCACCGACCGCAAGAGGUAUCCGACAAUGCCCUCAGAAUGUGUUCGCGAUCACGAUGUUUGAAAUUUACAACUUUACCCUUGAUUGUUUCGAUUUUCCGUAAGCAAUAUGUUACAGUUUGUACAACUUGAGUUGGUAUUAUGAUUGAUUACUUGUUAUAAUUAAUCGUUUAUGUGAUUAUUCCAUAAAUGAAUGUUUAAUUCAAUUAUAUUUUCUAUUAUUUUCUUUGUUUCUUGUGUAUUAUAUUA